AUGGUGUCUGCAAUUCAGGAACAGCGUGACAUUAUCAUAGACACGAUAAAGUCCAUAACAAGUGGAGAUUGGAAGGUGCUGGUCAUCGAUGCAUCAGUAAGGAGUAUCCUAGAUAAUGUUGUCAAGGAAGAUGAUAUUCUCAACGAGAAUAUUGCUAAUAUCGAAAGGAUUGAGGAGCGAAGGGAAAUGAAUCCAGAUAUGGAUGCCAUUUAUCUACUUUCCCCUCAACCGCACAUAGUCGAUUGCGUUAUGGCAGACUUUGAACGUCAUAGGUAUAGAAGGUCUUUUCUAGUUUGGACAGCUCUUCUCGAUCCCCAAAUGCGUCAGCGUAUCGACAACUCUAGACAGGCACAAGAUCAAAUAGCUGGAUUUGAGACACUCUUCAUAGGUUAUUUUCCUCAGGAAUCCCACCUAGUAACCUUUCGAGAUCCAUGGAGUUUUCCCAUAUUAUAUCAUCCUGUAUGCAAUAAUUUGGUGCGAGAUCAUAUGCAAAGUCUCUCUCAAAAGAUAACAAGCAUUUGUAUUUCUCUAGGAGAAUAUCCAAAAGUACGAUACUAUAAACCUCGAAACGCCACACACGAGGCGCAUGUUUUGUGCUCUCACCUUGCAAACUUUGUUCAAGAUGAGCUUGAUGCAUACGCAAAAUGGAACCAAAGCUUUCCUCCUCAGAGUUCACGACCUACUGGUAUCUUGGUUAUCACAGAUCGCUCCAUAGAUUUACAUGCCCCACUUAUUCACGAAUUUACUUAUCAAGCCAUGGCCCAUGAUUUACUUCCAAUGAUUGAGAGAGAUAAAAUUUAUUAUAGGACAAUUGUUAACAAGGGUGAUGCUGAUGAGGAAGAUAAAGAAAUGGAAAUUGGCGAAAAAGAUAAAAUCUGGGUUGAAAAUAGACAUCGGCACAUGAAAGAUACUAUCCAAAAAUUAAUGAAUGAUUUCCAAAAAUUUAUCGAUGAUAACGCUCAUUUUACAAAUCCUGAAGAAGACGGUACGAGUAUAAAUGCAAUAAAAGAUAUGCUGGCUGGCCUUCCACAAUUUCAGGAACUCAAAGAAGCUUACUCACUGCAUUUAAGUAUGGCUCAAGAAUGUAUGAAUGUGUUUGAACGUCAUAAACUUCCCGAUAUUGCUUCCGUUGAACAGUCACUUGCGACUGGACUCGACGAAGACCAACGAAAACCAAAAAACAUCGCAGAUGAAAUGGUACGGCUUUUAGAUGAUGAAGAUAUUAAUCCAAGUGAUCGACUGAGACUUAUCGUCCUAUAUAUUAUCUAUAGAGACGGUGUGAUUCCUGAGGAUAUCCAACGAUUACUAGCUCACGCAGGUCUACCUCCUAGGGAUGGAGAAAUAAUUACCAAUCUUGAUUUAUUAGGAGCUCAUACAAUCAAAGCUCUCAAAGAUACCAGAGCAGCGCCUCCGCCGCUGUUCCAACGCAAGACAACUUCGGUGGCCGAAAAUGAAGAAUAUUCCUUGUCUCGUUUUGAGCCUAUGUUGAAGCUAAUGCUCGAUGAAUUAGUCAAGGGAACGCUAGAUCAAACGCUCUUCCCAUACGUCAAAGCACCGGUCGAUCAGUUCGAAGAGAAAGCCCUUCAAUCACAAUCGUCCCUUAGGAGCGCGAAACCGACCUGGGCUCGAAAUAGACAGUCAACGGCAGAAAAUAGACAAAGAAUCAUCGUUUUUAUGGCAGGUGGUGCUACCUAUUCAGAAUCACGGGCAUGUUACGAAGUCUCUAAGGCUCACGAAAGAGAAGUUAUCCUUACGACCAGUCACAUGCUUACUCCUUCCUUAUUUUUAAGGCAAGUAGGCGAUUUAGGAGUAGACCGACGAACCCUAGAUUUACCUAUAGAUAGACCCAAAGCUAAAGCACCAGCAUUUCUAUUUCAACGAAAUGAUCCACGACCACUGCCACAAAAGUCAACUUCUCCAGCUAGUUUCCAUAGUGCACAAGGGCUAGGUCAUAAUGGACGGGAUUUAUCUAGGAAUCCUGGAAUCAGCACCUCUCCACAAAAAUUUAUAGAUGUUAGUGCAAAGCCUCAGAUACAUCAACACGUACCAAUGCCUCCUACUACUAGUCUCGCCAUUAUGAACCUAUCCUCAGCCGAUAAUAACUCUAUGAGUAGCCCAGGGGAUGGAGUCCCGAAUGUUAAGACGAAGCUUGACAAGAAGAGUAAACAGAAAGAAGGCGAGAAAGAGAAGAAAAAGAGAGGGUUUUUUGGUAGCAAGAAAUGA